AAGAAAGAGGAUGGCUUUAUACACGGCCCCAUGGACGAACGUGGCUCAACACUGGGCCCAACCAGGAUUCUUUCCAGCCACACGGUUGCCUUCUGUUUUUCCUACGAGGCCACUGUUGGCUUCCUCUCCCAACCCUUCCUCCCUUUUUCCACGUAGCGUAACUCCCCUCCGCUGGUCAGUGUUUGGGGACUCGCCUCCCCCCUCCCUCCCUGCCCCUGCGGGACCGUUUCCAUGGAGACCGUCCCUUAAAGAACCCGACCCGGAGGGAGGCCUCGGAGGAGGCCCGCCGUCCGCCAGAGGAGCUGCAGGAGCGCCGGAGCGAGCGCGGGCUCGCAGAGAGGGGCCCGGCGGAAAAGCAGCAGGGCAGCCGCGAGGUGGGAGUCAUCGGGGCUCCAGGCCUGCGGCCCCAGCCCCGGGCGCAGCACGCGGCGCGGGCAACUUGCAAAGCUCGGUCUGUGCUGGCGGGUCACGGGCCGGGGCCGUCGGCGCGGGUCGCGGGGGCGCUGGGCAGCCCCUGCCCUUUGACCUCCGGGUCUCUGGUCUCUCUUCCUCUCUCCGCCAGCCUACCAUUCUUAACCCCCCGUCCUUUCCUUUCAAUUCUGUUCUUUUCUCGGUUGGUCAGACGUUUGGGACUGUUUCUAAAACCGCGCGGCGCCUCUGAACACCUGCUCUCCUUCUGCACCUCGAGAGCAGACACUGUGCCUUAGAGCUGGACUUGAACUUGAGGAACAGGCAGCCGCCAGGGAUGUUCCCACUUUGGCGUUCUUAUAACUCACAAACGUUUGAGCUUCUGCUUAACAGCUUAGAUUUGGGGAGAACCAUUCCUACUACAGCCCUGCGAAUGGAACGCUUAACAUCAGAAUGUUGAGGAAAAUGAACUGGGUUAAAACAUUGCGGUUUUGUGGAGAAGUCUGUGGAUUGAAUGACUAGGUAUUUCUUUUUAACUGGGUUGCAUUUUUCUCUGAGGUGCACACCUGCUUGAAAAGAACUACAGAGGAUUUUGUAGGAAGAACCUACUUGAGAGAAGGCUGUAGAGAGCUUUAACGUUGAUACUGGGAAUCUAUUUGCUAUUAACAUGAUCCUUUUCAGUUCCAGAAAUAUACCUUUGAAAAUACAAGGUUGCUUUUUUCUUUAUGUCUUAAGUUGAAUGUGAAAGUUCUUAAGUCCGCAGAGAUUCAAGGUUCCUGGGAAAAGUUUCACAAGCUUUUUGGAUCAAAUGCAUUUUGAAAAUAAAGUGGAAACAAUGUUGAAUGUUUUACCAUUUACGUUUCAGUUUCAUCCCCAGUGUUUGAAAUAGUUUUUCAUAACUGUGACUUCAUCUUAAGAUGUGAAGAAUUACUUCCAACAAAGUAGCAGCGUGUAGGUGUUCUAGAUUGUCAUCAAUUAAGAUUAGUUUCACACAAUGCAAUGUAAUUUUACAUAAUUGACUGAUAAUUCAUUUUAUUUCUAACGUCUCCUUUCUCUUUAAUUACAGAAGCUCCUAGAAGCAAAUUGUUUUGCUAUUUUUUAUUAUUGUUUUCUUUUGAAAACUGCUGAUGUUUCCAGUUUUACUGGGUGGGCAAUUUUGUGAAGCACCUACUUAUUACUGCCUUAACAUUGGUGGAAUGAGCAGUCGGGAUUGAGAAGACAUGACAUUAAAGGGAAAUACACAUACACAACCUAAAGAAUGUUCAAUAGUUUAGUUUUGAAGCUAAAGAUAUAUAUGUUUAAUGGAUCUGAAUAUACUUUAUUUUCCAGAUGGAAAAAUCAAUUAUUCUCCUGCUCUGGGUGCAAUCUGCUGUUAAGAUCUCAAAAAGUUUCCAUUAUAUACCUAUGAAUAAACAAAAAACAGUAAUUUUUAUUGAAUGGGAUGAAUUUCCUCAGGGAGGAAGUCCUGAAUUUUAUUUUGUAAAAUACCAACUUGUUAAUAACUUUGCGCAAAAAAAUGUCAAAAGGAUUCUUGCAGACCCACCAGAGCUUCCAAAAGCAUUAAUGACACUAGACGAAAAUGAAGACUACCACAUCAGUAUACAGUCCAUCAAAUAUGGACAAGUGUUAAGUGAAAAGUCAUUUCAGACGCGUGGAAUAUCAGCUAGAAAUAUUAAGACACUAGCAACAAGUACAAGCGUUUCUUUUAACUGGAGUGUGCUGUCUUCCAAUGACAGUUUAGUGUCAAUAUCACUUAAUAAUUCUUCACAAAUUGUGCAAAAUAAUGUCAUGUUUUAUGAGUGGGCUGAUUUGAAACCUGCCACCUUAUAUGUUUUUACAUUUGAAUUUAAACAGUUGCAUUUGGAUUUUAUAAAUAUAUUUCAGAGACUGGAUGUUCAGAUUGAAACAGGUUCGUGUUCACAAGGAUGGGUGGCAUUAAAAAAUAACUGUUAUAGAAUUAGCAAAGAGCAUAAGCCAUGGAAUGUAGCCCAGCAACAUUGUAAGUUAUCCUUAAAUUCUGCACACCUUGUGGAUAUAAAAAAUGAAGAGGAGAAAAAUUUCAUAUGUUCACAUCUCAGGUCAAAGAAUCAAAUAAUGGUAUGGACUGGUCUUAGCAAUUUGAAGGAAGAAGGUCAACUGACGUUGACAGAUGGAUCAUCCUUUGGCCUUAAGAAAAACAGCAUCUUUUCUUUUCCACUGCUACCGAAGAAUGAAACAGAUUGCUACAUUUUACAGCAAAAUGCAACUGGAUCCAACUAUUUUUUUACAAGAUUUUUCUGUUAUAUUCCCUUGCCAUAUAUUUGUGAAUAUGAAUUACCUUUUCUCCAGGAAAACAUUUCCUUCUAUGUAAAGGAGGUUGGAACAACUCAAGUUGUAUUUAGUUGGAAUAAUUUGAGUGGUUGGAAUAAGUUGAAUAAGUGGCUGAACCUGGGAUAUAAAAUCAUCAUUAAAUAUUAUUUAGAUUAUACAGAAGGACAACAUUUUGAAAGCAUCCCCCCAAAUACCACAGAAAAAGCAAUUACCCAUCUGUCUCCCGGCCAUGUUUACAGAUUUUCAUUGUUUGCAAUAAAUGAAUGGGAGGCAAAAACUACUUUAAGUCCAAUAUUCAUUGUCGAAACACGCCCAUUAUCAGCCAAAAAUGUCACAAUUACGCAUGUGACCCCAACAGAAAUAUUUUUGCACUGGGAGGCUCCAGAUCCAGUGUCUUUUCACCAUUAUUUGGUGACUAUUUUGGAUGUUGAAAACAAUGAAACGGAGGAGGUGUUUAUUGAAAAGCUCAACACUUCAACAACAAUUGGAAAUCUCACAUCUUUCCAUCAUUAUCUGAUACAUCUAUUCACGGUAGCAGAAAGGGGAACUUUAAGCGGCUUCAAGAAACCUAUUUCAGUGGUUACAGGUAUUAAUCCACCUCAGAUCAUUUAUGUGAAACUUGAAGAUGUGAGAGAGGACAGUGUAAAUCUUCAGCGGGAACUCCCACCAGACAGCCAUGGGGUCUACAUUCAAAUCACAUCCGCAUCAGAUACAAGAGGAGUCAGGAAGCUUUUUGUAAAGGAUGCUAAUAGAGUCAAGGCUGAUAAUUUAAGCCCUGGGAUGAUAUAUGACAUUGGACUGGGAACAGUGGUGAAUGGGAACUUGAGCACGCUGGUAACUCUUCAACAAACUCUAAGUGCGCAAGUACCGUCAAAUAUCCAUGAAGGCAAAGUUACAGACUCUUCCAUAGAAAUCCUCUGGAAUCGAGCUGAUGGGAAUUUUCACUCUUAUGAAAUCACAUGCAUAAACUGUGCUGCAGCUUUCAUGGUCCAGAAGGUUUUUCAAGAAGCAGCAAUGUUCUCUAACCUGGAUCCUGCCACCUUAUACACCUUUUCCAUUCGCACUGAAAAAGAAGGUUUUAAAGACAGUGCUCCCUACAUAAAAGAAAUACAGACAGCCCCAAGUGCAGUUGAAUUUAUGAACCAUAGCAGAAACUCAAAUGCAGUAACAGUUCGCUGGCCUUCAGCCAGAAGUCUUCUGGAUGGAUACAUUAUUUCAAUAUCCAGCGAAAGCUCAGUGAAAGAAGAAAUCCUGCCUUCUACAGAAAGGACAUUCACAUUUAACCGCAUUUCUCCGGGGACUGACUUUUUAAUUAGCAUUUUCACUACCAAGGGACUAAAGAGAAGCCAUCCUACAGUUAGCACUUAUGCAGACCCACCAUCAGAUGUGCUGAUUUUAGGACAAGAAGAAGAUACAGUAUAUUUGUCUUGGAAACUCCCACAUGGAGGCUUUGAAAAGUUUCAGAUAUCCUAUUGUAUGACAUCUAGAAAGGAAAAGCUGUUUAAAGCAAUUGUUUAUGGCACCAAAGCCAAAGCAAAGAAUUUGACUCCGGGGAUGGACUACGUGUUCCAUGUGAAGACAGUUAGAGACAAAGAUUACAGUGUAUCUGUAGUGAAAAAAGUGGCUACAAAACCAUCUAGGAUAUGUGGCUUAACCUUGAAAGCUGUGAAUACAUCUUCUGCAAAUUUAAUGUGGAAUGCAGCAGAGACCAACUUCACUCAUUACAUGAUUUAUAUAUCAAACAGAACAUUUGCAAAAGAAUAUCUUAUUUGGGGAAGGAUGACGGAGCACAGAGUUACAGAUCUGACUCCAGGUGGAAUGUAUAACAUCACAGUUCAUCGAGUGAGAGGAGGUGUUGAAGGAUCUGGCACAUUUAUCAGUGUCAUUGCAGAACCAGAAAAACGCAAGAAACGUAAAGCCUUACGUAUUUCUGCACCUUCCUUUUCUCUGCACUGGAGCCUUCCCUCUGGCCACGUGGAUCUUGUUCCUGACAGUGGCUUUGUUACUAUCACACUUCUCGGAGGUGGAGAGUAUCAGGUUGAUGUUUCCAGUGCUGUUCCUGGUACCAGGUACAACGUAGCCAUCUCUUCCAUUUCUGCUACAACAUACAGCUCCCCGGUUAGCAGAACAGUGACAACAAAUGUGACAAAACCAGGGCCUCCAGUCUUCCUAGCAGGGGAAAGAGUCGGCUCUGCUGGGAUUCUUCUGUCUUGGAAUACACCGCCAAAUCCAAACGGGAGGAUUAUAUCCUACAUUGUGAAAUAUAAGGAAGUUUGUCCAUGGAUGCAAGCAGCAUAUACACAAGUUAGAACAAAGCCAGACAGUCUGGAAGUUCUUCUUACUAAUCUUAAUCCUGGAACAACAUAUGAAAUCAAGGUGGCUGCUGAAAACAGUGCUGGCCUUGGAGUGUUUAGUGACCCAUUUCUCUUCCAAACUGCAGAAAGCGCUCCUGGAAAAGUGGUGAAUCUUACAGUCGAGGCUUUUAAUGAUUCAGCAGUAAACCUGAUUUGGUACUUACCUCGGCAACCAAAUGGCAAAAUUACCAGCUUCAAGAUUAGUGUCAAACACGCCAGAAGUGGGAUAGUCGUGAAAGAUGUUUCAAUCAGAGUAGAGGACCUUUUGACUGGGAAAUUGCCAGCGUGCAAUGAGAAUAAUGAAUCUUUUUUAUGGAGUACAACCAGCCCUGCUCCAAUGCUUGAUAGAGUUACGCCUCCACCACGUACUACUCAUUCUUCCAGCGUGUUGGCGAGGAGUAAGAUGAGCUCUGUGUGGAAAGAGCCUAUCAGCUUUGUAGUGACACAUUUGAGACCUUAUACGACGUAUCUUUUUGAAGUUUCAGCUGUUACAACUGAAGCAGGUUAUAUUGACAGUACAAUUGUCAGAACACCAGAAUCAGUGCCUGAAGGCCCACCACAAAACUGUCUAACCGGCAACAUUACAGGGAAGUCCUUUUCAAUGUCAUGGGACCCACCAAGUACAGUAACAGGAAAAUUUAGUUACAGAGUUGAAUUAUAUGGACCCUCAGGUCGGAUUUUGGAUAAUAGCACAAAAGACCUUAAAUUUGCAUUCACUAAUCUAACGCCAUUUACGAUGUAUGAUGUGUAUGUGGCGGCGGAAACCAGUGCAGGGAUUGGACCCAAGUCCAAUAUUUCAGUAUUCACUCCACCGGAUGUUCCAGGUGCGGUAUUUGAUUUGCAAGUUGCAGACGUGGAAGCCACAGAAGUAAGAAUCACUUGGAAGAAACCACGGCAACCAAAUGGAAUCAUUAACCGAUAUCGAGUGAAAGUAUUAGCUUCCGAGACGGGAGUAAUUUUGGAAAACACUUUGCUCACGGGAAGAGAUGAGUAUAUCAACCACCCCAUGGCUCCAGAAACUGUGAACAUAGUAGAGUCAAUGACAGGAUUAUUUGAGGGCUCCGCGGAGAUGUCUUCCGACCUGUACUCGCUUGCUUCUGUUAUAUAUAAUAUUCAUCCUCAUAACUUUCCUGCAAGGAGCGGAGCGGAAGACCAGCCUUCAAUAGUUGGAACUACGAGGAGUCAGUAUAUCGCUGACAUUGCUGCUGAACAGCUGUCUUACGUUAUCAGGAGACUGGUACCUUUCACUGAGCACAUGAUUAGUGUAUCUGCUUUCACCAUCAUGGGAGAAGGACCACCAACGGCUCUCAGCGUGAGGACACGUGAGCAAGUGCCAAGCUCCAUUCAAGUUAUAAACUAUAAAAAUAUUAGCUCUUCAUCUAUUUUGUUAUUUUGGGAUCCUCCAGAAUAUCCCAAUGGAAAAAUAACUCAUUAUACAAUUUAUGCAAUGGAACUGGAUACAAACAGAGCAUUCCAGAUGACUACUGUAGAUAACAGCUUUCUCAUAACAGGGUUAAAGAAAUACACAAAAUAUAAAAUGAGAGUGGCUGCCUCAACCAAUGUUGGAGAAAGUUCUCUGUCGGAAGCGAAUGACAUCUUUGUGAGAACUCCCGAGGAUGAACCAGAAUCAUCACCUCGAGAUGUUGAAGUUAUUGAUGUUUCGGCUCGUGAGAUAAGUUUGAAGUGGUCACCACCUGAGAAACCCAAUGGGAUUAUUGUUGCUUAUGAAGUACUCUGUAAGAAUACAGAUACCUUAGUUACGAAGAACACCUCAACAACGAACAUAACUUUAGGAGGCUUGAAACCUUACACCCGCUAUAACAUUUCAGUAAGAUCGUACACCAGAUUUGGACAUGGCAGUCAGUUGUCUUCUUUACUCUCCGUUAGCACUUCUGAGACGGCGCCUGAUAGUGCACCAGAAAAUAUUACUUACAGAAAUAUUUCCUCUGGAGAGAUUGAGCUAUCAUUUCUUCCCCCAAAUAGUCCCAAUGGAAUUAUUCAAAAAUAUACAAUUUAUCUCAAGAAAAGUGAUGGAAAUGAGGAAAGAACUAUAAAUACAAGCUCUUUGACCCAGAGCAUUAAAGGACUGAAGAAGUAUACCCAAUACAUGAUAGAGGUGUCUGCUAGCACACUCAGUGGUGAAGGAGUUCGGAGUUUACCUAUAAGUGUGCUAACUGAGGAAGAUGCUCCUGAUUCUCCCCCACAAGAUUUCUCUGUGAAACAGUUGUCUGGUGUCAUGGUGAAGUUGUCAUGGCAACCACCCCUGGAGCCAAAUGGAAUUAUCCUCUAUUACACAGUUUAUGUCUGGGAUGUGUCCUCAUUAAAAACUGUUAAUGUCACUGAAACAUCGUUAGAGUUGUCAGAUUUGGACUAUGAUUCUGAAUAUAGUGCUUAUGUAACAGCGAGCACCAGAUUUGGUGACGGGAAAAGGAGAAGCAGUAUCAUUCACUUUCGAACCCCAGAGGGAGCACCAAGUGACCCUCCCAAAGAUGUUCACUAUGCAAACCUCAGUUCUUCAUCAAUCGUUCUUUUCUGGAAACCUCCUUCGAAACCUAAUGGGAUUAUCCAGUAUUACUCUGUUCAUUACAGAAAUACUUCAGGGACUUUCAUGCAGAAUUUUACACUCCAUGAAGUAACCAAUGACUUUGACAAUAUGACCGUAUCUGCAAUAAUAGAUAAACUGGCAAUAUUCAGCUACUAUACAUUUUGGGUAACAGCAAGUACUUCAGUUGGAAAUGGGAAUAAAAGCAGUGACAUAGUUCAAGUAUAUACAGACCAAGACACACCUGAAGGACUUGUUGGAAACCUGACUUACGAGUCCAUGUCCUCAACUGCAGUAAAUGUAAGCUGGGGCCCUCCGUCUCAACCAAAUGGUCUAGUCUUCUACUAUGUUUCUCUGAGCUCAGAGCAGACUCCUCGCCACGUGAGACCACUUCUAGUUACAUAUGAGAGAAGCGUGUAUUUUGAUAAUCUGGAAAAGUACACUGAUUACAUAUUAGAAAUCACUCCAUCAACAGAAAAGGGAUUCUCUGAUACUUAUACUGCCCAACUACACAUCAAAACUGAAGAAGAUGUCCCAGAAACGUCACCAAUAAUCAACACUUUUAAAAACCUUUCCUCUACCUCGGUUCUCUUAUCAUGGGAUCCCCCAGUAAAACCAAAUGGUGCAAUAAUAAGUUACGAUUUAACUUUACAAGGACCACGUGAGAAUUAUUCUUUUGUUACUUCUGAUAACUAUCUCAUCCUGGAGGAGCUGUCACCAUUUACAUUAUAUAGCUUUUUUGCUGCUGCAAGAACUGUAAAAGGACUCGGUCCUUCCAGUGUUCUUUUGUUUUACACAGAUGAGUCAGUGCCUUUAGCACCUCCUCAAAAUUUGACUUUAAUCAACUAUACUUCAGACCUUGUAUGGCUGAAAUGGAGCCCGAGUCCUGUUCCAGGCGGUAUUGUUAAAUUGUAUAGUUUAAAAAUUCAUGAACAUGAAACAGAUACUAUAUUUUACAAGCCUUUCAAACUGGGUUGAGUUUGUGGAAGCAGAAUAAUUCCAGGACCACUCCAAAUGACCCUGCUCUCCCCUCAAUCCAGCGCAGUCCCCGUGGACAUCAGCAAGAUCCAGGCCUGCUGGUAACUCGGGUCACUGGCACAUACUGAAGGAAAUUAUGUAUUCCGUAAAAAUCUGUUAAAGCUUUGUUUGGGAAUAUCCCUCACUUGCGUCUCCCUCUUACAACUUGCUCUCGUGUCAGUCUGUCGGCUCUCCAAUACCUUUUAUUACGAUCUCUCGAGUUUGGUCAUUCCUCUCGUAUUCGCUCACCCUUCCUAACCCCGAUCAAAAUCCACCUGCUUGUGUUUAAUUUCUUUGCAGUAAGCAGUCAUUGGUAGUUUUCUCUAAUAAAUAUAAUAGUUCCUGAUGGCAGGGACCAUAUCUUAUAUAUCUUUAUAAUCUCCUGAUUAUCUAACAGUGUGCUUUGUACACAGUAAAUGUGAAACUACAAAGGGAAAUGAUAUAACACAGUGAGUACAUAAAGUAUGUCAGUGACUUGUAAAAGAUUAAUUUAAAAUAUAGUUCUAACUCUAAGUGCCCUGAGAGUCAGUAUUCUUGCUAAAUGUCUACUACCGAAAUGUUUAAUAAAUAAGUCAAAGUGGUAUAUACUUUGGAUCAGAUAUAAUGCAGUAUUCGUAAAAUUAUACUGCGUAGGAGAUUGUCUUCUUUCUCCUUUGUAUAACUGAUUAAAGUGCUCUCUCUGUUAGGACAUUUAUCUCUGAAUGAGUAUUUUGUACUUGAUGGUAAAAUUUUCUUUGAGAAGGUAUAUCGUUUUAUGAACAACUGUCAUCACUGUUUUGUUCUUUUUUCAUUUUCCUAAGAUUGUAUAAAAAUAGAAACUUAGUUGUCUGGGAAAACUCAUUAAGCUUCCUAGGAGCAGAGGUUUUGUUUUGUUCUCUGCUGUCUUCCCAGUGUCUAGCAAACAGUAGCUGGUGAAUAAAUUAAUUUACCCAGAGUUCUACUGAGUAUUAAAAAAUGAAUUUAGACGAAUGCAAGAAAAACAAAGUAGCACUGAAGGUUCCUAAGUUGGAUUUCAGUUGAGAACAUUAAUUAUAGCCAAUUUAAUGGAAGUAGUCUGUAUGUAAUUCCAAGUAAAAAUUAGGAGACAUGAAAAUAUAAUAUUCCAGCUUUAAAAACAAAUGGCGGUUGCCAGAUUCUUCAGGACUGAGAGGGUGUCCAGUCCAUCCUGAUAUCAUCAUCAGAGCGUACCCCGUGGCACACACAUAAAUGUUUCGUUUAAAAAUUUUUAAUUUUACUAAAUCUUUCAUUGAACGUUAAAGACGUAAUUUUGAUGUACUAAGAUCUAUUUCUUUCAGUUCUGCAUUUUGGAUGAUGCAUUGUGACUAAGACUUUUUUUCUGCUCUUCAGAAUAUUUCAGGCUUGCAAACUGAGGCCCAAGUUGUUGGACUGGAACCAGUCAGCACCUAUUCUGUCAGCAUAUCUGCCUUUACCAAAGUUGGAAAUGGCAAUCAAUUCAGUAAUGUAGUAAA